AUCGAAUUCCAUCGAUUGACUAAAGACAGCGCAAACACAAAAGUAAAAGUAGUUUAUUAAUUUGCAAAGUCUUGUAAGAGUUGUGUGUGCCACGCUUACAAAAUAGCAACAAAAAUUCAUACCGCCUUCAAGCUGUUUAAUUUACCGCAAAUUUAUAAGCACACUACGGCUGACUCGAGUCGUCCAAGCAGCAGCAGCAGCAGAAUGACAGUGCAUGAGUUUAAAGUGGAAAUGACGUGUGGCGGCUGUGCCAGUGCAGUGGAGCGAGUCUUGGGCAAAUUGGGUGAUAAGGUGGAAAAAGUAAACGUCAAUCUGGAUGAAAAAACAGUAAGCGUCACCUCAAACUUAUCGUCCGACGAACUGUUGGAACAGCUGCGCAAGACUGGCAAAACAGUUUCAUAUGUUGGUGUGAAGAAAUGAGACGAGUUUCUCAGCAAGUUUCAGAAAUACGGCAAACUGAAACUUGAAGUCUAAUGAAAUGAAUUGCCGCAUGGAUAUAGUGAUUGCCGUUGGCUUUUGUUGUGAAACAUCCACAACGAAUCAUUCGAAACACAGCGUGAUGCAUACGUUCAAUGAGAUGGAAUAUUUAGUCAGAAGAAAUAUAUACAUUUAACUUAUUCAAGAGUUAAUAUAAGCAACUUAUCUACAAAGUUUGCAUAUGAAUUUUGCUUAAACUCCAAAUUUUAAGUAGUGGAACAAUAAAUUGUAGCAGCUCAAGCAGAAAGUAUUUAUAUUCAAAUAAAAACAAAGAGUUAUACGCCCCAUAGAUGCAGAAUUUAAAAAAUUCAAUUUAUAAAAAUUAAGUAGAGAAUGCAAUUAUUGACAUAUUUGCACUAAUCAAAUAUUUAGAAAUAUUUUAAAUAUUUCCAAUGUAGUUCAGCUAAUCAAUAAAAACAGACAAAUAUGCCAAUUAAAUUCUUAUGAUAUACCAUAUUUACGUACAUAAUUAUAAUACAAAUUUUAACAUAUUGCAAAUUUUAAGA